UGGCAGAAGACUUCGUCUUUUGUCGUCAUGUCAGAGGUAUUUGGUCGAGAAAAGGAAAAAGACAUUCUGAUAACAAAGUUAUUGAGUGAUGGUGGAAAAGAUCAGAGGGGACUCCUUAUCAUCCCUAUUCUAGGGAUGGGCGGAAUGGGAAAGACAACUCUAGCCCAACUAGUUUAUAACGAUAGCAAGGUUAAAGCCCAUUUUGAAAAGAGAGUGUGGGUUUGUGUCUCGGACCCUUUUGAUGAGAUUAAGAUUGCCAAAUCCAUAAGUGGUGAUGGUGCCCCAAGUUCAAAUGAGUUGGACUAUGUCUUGCAGUGCAUGUCAAGAUCCAUUGAGGGUAAAAGGUUUCUCCUUGUCCUAGAUGAUGUGUGGGGCCACGAUAGUGAAAAAUGGGAACGAUUAAGGGCACCGCUAAUCCAAAGUGGUGCUCAUGGCAAUAGAAUAUUGGUGACCACAAGAAAGCAUGAGGUUGUUGAUAUGAUGAGAGCAACAAGUGACAUGAUUAGUUUGGGAGAGUUGGGCGAAGGAUAUUGUUUAUCAAUCUUCAACCACAUGGCGUUUGCUGAUAAAGAAGUAGGUGAAUCUAAGGCAUUUGAAGAUAUUAGUAAGAAAAUUGUAGAAAAAUGUAAGGGUUUGCCUCUUGCAGCAAAAGCUUUAGGCAGUCUCAUGCACAAUAAGAGAACAAGGAGGGAAUGGCUAGGUGUUUUGAACAGUAAGAUAUGGGAUCAAGAAGAGGUGGAGCAAAAAGUUUUUCAACCAUUAUUACUAAGUUAUUAUGAUUUGGAUCCAUCAAUCAAAUGUUGCAUUUUGUAUUGUGCUAGUUUUCCUAAAGACUUUGAGUUUGAGAGAGAAUAUUUGAUUAAUAUUUGGAUGGCACAAGAUUAUUUUAAUUCAAAAGGGAAUAAGGAUAAGGGAGAAAUUGGUGAAGCAUUUUUUGAUAACUUAGUAGCACGAUCUUUUUUCCAAGAUUUGGUGAAAGAUAGUGUCAGUGGUAAAAUUAUAGGUUGCAAAAUGCAUGAUAUUGUUCAUGACUCUGUGCAAUCUCUAACCAAGAAUGAAUGUUUGAUUAUUGACGCUGAGGGUGUUGGCAAUGAAAUAGAGGUUUUGGGUGAAAAAGUUCGCCAUUUGACUUUAAGGUUGAGACUUGAUGAGCCACUCCCACCUUCUAAAGCAUAUUACAAUUGCAAAAAUCUGCGUACACUCAAAAUUAUUUGUUCAUCCAUUCUUACGACGAUAGACUCAAAUUUUAUUUUACAAUUGAAAUGUCUUAGGACAUUACAUUUGAGUAAUAAUGGCAUAAGUGAAGUCCCAAAGGAAAUUGGUGAAUUGAUAUAUUUGAGGCAUAUUGAUUUGUCACGGAAUGGUGGUUUGAAGAUAUUGCCUGACAGUAUCUGUGAGUUGUACAAUUUGUAUACCUUGCGCCUUUUUGGCUGUUUGUCACUUGAAAAACUACCUGAUAACAUGGGGAAGUUGAUUAGCUUAAAGCAACUUUAUGUUUAUGGUUGUGCUAAGCUGGAGUACUUGCCAAAAGGGAUUCGGAGAUUAAAGAAAUUGAAAACAAUUGAUGUGUGUGCUGUGGUUUGUGUCAACGAUGAGGACAGAGUAGCAUUACAAUUGGGAGAUCUAAGAGUCUUGAACCUCCAAGGCAGGCUACACAUAAUAUUGAAGGGGAAUGUGAAAGAUGAGAAUGAGCUUGAGAAGGCACAGUUGUGGCACAUGAAGCAACUCUUUCAUCUUGGAAUUAAUUGUGAGGUUGUCCAAUACAAUCAGAAAGCCAGAAGCACCGUUGAAUUUCUAAAUGUCCUACGACCACACGAAAAUCUGGAAUCUUUAUACAUUUCUUAUCAUUCAGGCGCCACCUACCCCAAUUGGAUGAUGUCUUUGCACAACUUAAGAAUCAUCAGUCUAUUUGAAUGGAGUGGAUGCUUGCCUCCUCUUGGGAGAUUGCCAUACCUUGAAAAACUGAGUAUAUCGAGAAUGCACAAGGUGCAAAGGGUUGGUGGUGAAUUUUGGGGAUUGUGGACCAAGAUGAAACGUCACUUAGAUCAUCAUCAUCAUCUUCAUUUUUUUCCAAAGUUGAAAAAGCUCGCAGUUGGCUACAUGUCGGCGUUGGAAGAGUGGGAAGUAGGCAUGGAAAGGUGGAACAAAGAGGAUUCUGAAAUGUCAAUCAUGCCAUGUCUUUCCUCCUUAAACAUUAGUCGUUGUCCUCUUCUAAAAACACUGCCAGACUUCCUCUGCAAAACACCGCUGCAGGAACUCUUCAUCUUUGAAUGUCAAACACUUUCUAAGCGUUGUGAAUGUGGCAGUGGAGAGGAAUGGCCCAAGAUUUCUCACAUCCCAAACAUCAAAAUCUUAUCCUGAAUUCAGAUGAUGUUCAAAGGACAUAAGUAAUGUGGAUCAAGUAGUGACUCGCGAGCUAAGCAUAUAUAUUAAUCUUCUUCGGAAAGGAAAUUAUUCGUGCAUAGGUAGCCAGUUCGAUAGCAAAUGCGAAUGGUGUCGGGCCAGUUAAAACAGACGGUGGAUGGUUUGAAUUUGAUGACACCCCCUUGUCAUCGAGCCCGACAGUGGCGAUAAUCGUGGGGACGCUGCUGGAUAACACGCUUGACGCAAAGUAUGCAGUUGACGACAGAGGAAUUGCAUGGUGGAGAUGUUCCAAAUGAGGAAUUUUAUGAUCUACCUGUUAAAUACAUCAGAACAUGUUUAUCAACCGUGAGCAGGUUUAAUUUGUUGUGUUUUAACUGUUUAUGCACAUGAUGUGAGGGUUUGUUCAUAAUUUAUAUACAACAAAAUCCUUGUGAAAA